AGCUCCUCCUCUUGUUCCUCAGCCGCCGAGCGGAGGCCCCCCUUGUCCCAUUCGCUGUUGCUGCCUGUCAGUGUAGCCCGCUGCCGGCCACGCUCCUGCUUCUCCAUGGAGGAUUAUCAUAAGCCCGACCAGCAGACUCUGCAGGCCCUGAAGGACACGGCGAAUCGGCUCCGCAUCAACUCUAUCAAGGCGACCACCGCAGCCGGCUCUGGCCAUCCUACAUCAUGUUGCAGUGCUGCAGAAAUUAUGUCUGUGCUAUUUUUCCAUACCAUGAGGUACAAAUCACAGGAUCCCAGAAAUAUUAACAAUGACCGAUUUGUUCUUUCAAAGGGUCAUGCAGCACCAAUCCUUUAUGCUGUUUGGGCAGAGGCAGGUUUCCUCCAUGAGUCAGAAUUGCUAAACCUGAGGAAAAUUGAUUCAAUUUUGGAAGGACACCCUGUGCCAAAACAAGCAUUCACUGAUGUAGCUACUGGAUCACUUGGUCAAGGGCUGGGUGCUGCUUGCGGAAUGGCCUAUACUGGGAAAUACUUUGACAGAGCCAGCUACCGAGUGUAUUGCAUUCUUGGGGAUGGAGAAUUGUCUGAAGGCUCAGUUUGGGAGGCAAUGGCCUUUGCUGGGUUCUACAAACUGGAUAAUUUGAUUGCUGUUCUUGACAUUAACCGACUUGGACAAAGUGACCCUGCUCCUCUGCAGCAUCAUGUUGAUAUCUACCAAAAACGCUGUGAAGCCUUUGGCUGGCAUGCUAUCAUUGUUGAUGGGCACAGCGUGGAGGAACUUUGUAAAGCUUUUGGACAAGCCAAACAUCAGCCAACUGCAAUUAUUGCCAAGACUUAUAAAGGCAAAGGAAUAACAGGUAUCGAAGAUAAGGAAAAUUGGCAUGGCAAACCUCUUCCCAAAAACAUGGCUGAGCAAGUCAUUCAGGAGAUCGACGACAAGAUCCAGAACAAGAAAAGGCUUUCUCCAGCUCUCCCGCAAGAGGAUGCGCCAAUAGUUAACAUCAGAAACAUUAAGAUGCCCUCCCCACCCAAUUACAAGAUGGGAGAUAAGAUUGCUACUCGCAAAGCUUAUGGCCUGGCUCUUGCAAAACUAGGCCAUGCCUCUGAUCGGGUGGUUGCUUUGGAUGGGGAUACAAAAAAUUCCACUUUCUCUGAGCUGUUCAAAAAGGAACACCCCAGCCGAUUUAUUGAGUGUUACAUUGCUGAACAGAACAUGGUGAGUGUUGCAGUUGGCUGCGCUACUCGUGAUAGAAACAUUGUCUUUGCUAGUACCUUUGCCACAUUUUUCACUAGAGCCUUUGAUCAGAUCCGUAUGGCAGCCAUUUCUGAAAGCAACAUCAAUCUCUGUGGAUCUCACUGUGGUGUUUCCAUUGGUGAGGAUGGACCUUCACAAAUGGCUCUGGAAGAUCUGGGCAUGUUUCGUACCAUUCCUAACGCAACCGUCUUCUAUCCUAGUGAUGCUGUAGCUACUGAAAAGGCAGUUGAACUGGCUGCAAAUACUAAGGGCAUAUGUUUCAUAAGGACCAGUCGUCCAGAAAAUGCUGUGAUUUACAACAGCAAUGAGGACUUCCACAUUGGACAAGCCAAGGUAGUAUUCAAGAGCAAGGAUGAUCAGGUUACAGUUAUUGGAGCAGGAGUGACUCUGCAUGAGGCACUUGCUGCAGCUGAGCAACUGAAGAAAGAAAGAAUCUCCAUCAGAGUGGUUGACCCAUUCACUAUAAAACCUCUGGAUAAAAAAACAAUACUUGACAAUGCAAGAGCAACCAAAGGCAGAAUUAUCACUGUGGAAGACCAUUAUUAUGAAGGUGGCAUUGGAGAAGCAGUUUCCGCUGCUGUGGUUGGAGAACCUGGGAUCACAGUCAGUCGCUUGGCAGUGUCCAAUGUACCAAGAAGUGGAAAGCCAGCUGAGCUGCUCAGGAUGUUUGGCAUUGAUAAGGAGGCCAUUAUCCAGGCUGUGAAGGUAGCAGUGUCCAAAUCAAGGAAUGCAGAGUAGUUUGAAUUGUAGGCCCAACAUGUUAGGCUGGAAUGGCUAUUUGGGUGGGGUGGGGAAGAAGUACUAUUUCAAACACAUGUUUAAAAUGAUAUGCAGAGUUUUAAUGACAGAGGAUUUGAAUAAAAAUUAAAGUUUUGGGAGAAAAAUAGUGCUUGCUCAUUUUGCUGGCUGUUUUGAACAGGAGUGAAGGGAUAUUUAGAAAGCUACACAUGGAUACUGACACUAGGGACAAAACAAACAUUGAAAUCUUCAUUCCCCCACCCCCAUUUUUAAUUGUCAGACUUCAAGGACACCUUUCAGCAUUUACAAAUUCUUUAAAACUCUUCUCUGCUUUCCAAACAAUCCUCUCACAGGUAGAUGAGGCUGAAAGUUAGUUCUCAAGCCCAUGUGAAUUUCAUAGUCAUAUGCAGGGAUUUUUUUCUGGGAAAAGAGGUGGUGGAACUCAGUGGUAGAACUCAGGACCACACAAUGAUGUCACUUUAAGUCAGCUGGAACAAGGAGGGGGUUAACGUUUAAAUCGCCUUUGGCAAAAAUGGUCACAUGGCCAGUGGCCCCGCCCCCGAUCUCCAGACAGACAGGAUUUUAGAUUGCCCUCUGUGCCGCUCCGGUGCAGAGGGCAAUCUAAACUCCCCUCUGUCUGGAGAUCAGGGGGCGGGGCCACCAGCCAUGUGAUCAUUUUUAAGAGGUGCCGGAAUUCCGUUCCACUGCGUUCCUACUGAAAAAAAGCCCUGGUCAUAUGCAGGGAUUUGAACCUGACUCCCUUCAGAUCCACAGCACUGUCUACUGCAGCACAAUAGCCUUGACAAUUUUGUUUGAAUUGGUUCUACUUACCUCAGAUAAGAUAUGACUUAAAUGGAUAUUUAGAGCAGGAAAUGAUGUUGCACAUGAUGUUGAAAUGAUGGUGCAACAUCAUUUCCUGCUCUAAAUAUCCAUUUAAUUCUAAAGAAUUUGCAUACACCAAUUGAGAUAAAUGACUUGUUUCUGCAGUCAAUCAGCAGAAGGUGCUAUAAUGGCUCUGGGUCUUCCCUGCUUUCCUCUCCACACAGCAACCACUUUAAGUUUAUUCCUGUGGUCACAGGACCUACAUGGAGUAAUAGGCAUGUGGGUUGGAAGGCUGCUGUGGGGAGGGGGAAGAGAGUGGAAUCUCUGCUUCCUGUGGGAGAGUUCCACUGACAAAUGAGGAAGAGAUCUUACCCUUUCCUGACUCACAUGGCUGCUACUCUAUACUGAUCUUGUGACCACAGGUGUAAACUUUCCUGAGGUCUGAAAUCACUGCUUCGUGGAAGGAUCAGCAAUAUUUGCAUAGUCCUCAGAGGGUCCUCACACUGCAUCCAAUCCAAAAUGUAUGUCACAUUUCUGUAAAGAAAACUAUAGUCCAGUUUUUUCCAUGCAACAUUUUCAUCCAAUCUGAUGUCUUUCCAUACCAAGAACAGAAAGACGGUUUUCCUUCUGUGCACUUCUUCCACUGUUGCUGUAGCUCCAUAUUUUCUUAAUGUCACUAUCUCGCAUGUAGGCAGUGUGUGCUUUUCCCUCUGAAUGGUGAACUGUGCACACUUACAGUGCAGAUAAUGUGUAAUGAAAUAUACUGAUGUAAAAAAGCCAAAGACCUUGUUUCCAUUUCUGGUCCUGCUUGCUGGAAAUCAGUGCUGUCGGCUGAAAUAUUUGGACAGCCUGUGGUUCAGCCACCUCUAAUUUAAAGCAAACAUUGCUCAGGGACAUCUUGUCCCUGGGUGUUUCUCAGCUUUAGUGUUCAUUGCUAGUCUGUCCCGCCAUGCUUGGAGCAAGGAAGGGAGAGUACAAGUCUCAAGUAUUGGGGGAAGGGGCCAGAAUCAUACAGAAUUCAUGAGAACAGGGCCAUUUCCACACGUUUUACCUGCCUGCGGAACAUCGCAUGAAAUCACACCAGGAAGACACUGUUAUCCGGGAUUUUUGCGUGAAAUGAUGCAAAACUCCCGGAUAACAACAUCUUCCUGGUGCGAUUUUGCGCGAGAAGACGUUGUCUUCUGGGUCUUUCAUGCGAUGUUCUGCAGGCAGGUAAGACGUGUGGAAUCGGCCCAGCUCAUUAAUUCAUUGCUUCCUGUUUUUCUCCAAGCAGGUUUCCGUAAGAUUUCCAGGGGUCUCCCAUUCAAAGCCAAACCUGUUUAGCUUCUGUAUGUUUGUGUCCCUGUCUGUGGAUUAGGAGCGCUGAAGGACCUGUCUUCUGUUCCCACCAGUAUGGUUACCCACUAGCUACUGCAGAUGGCUACAAAAUUGGUUUUUCUCAAAGAGAAUUCUGGUCUUUUGCCAAACCUUGAUGUAGCUGGUGUUUUCAAUUGUUAGACCUGCCUUUAGAUAUUCGUCACUUUUUCUUAAUAUGGCAUCAGGAGGUGAGGAGAAUCAAAACUCCAAGAGAAGAUGAUUUCAGAGUCAGUUUGACUAGAGUUUUAGAAUUCUGUUAAGCUGAUUCGCCAUGGGAAUCCUGGGUACCUGGCUGCACAGAUGCCCAGUUGGCAACCAUCAAUCACAGGAAACCAAUUUGACUUUUUGCAGGACUAGGUCUAUACAAUUAAUAGGCACUUCAUUUUCAUAUACUUGUCAGUGUAAUGCAACAAACAUUAGGUGCUUAAAAAGUGUGUGGGGGAGGGGGGAACCUUCUUCAGCCUUCAUUUCUCAUAUACCAGAGCAAUGAAAGCAAUUUUUAACUUUUUAAAUCCAGUUUUCAUUUUAGAAUCUCUUAAGCAAAUUCUAAAUUUUACAAAAUUAUUAACUUCAUAUCUAAAAUUAUUAAUGUAUUUCAGAAGGGAGGUUUUUUUUGUAGGCUACCACCUCAUGUUUCUAAUGCCACUCAGACUAUUUAUUUCAAAGUAUUUGUGCAGGAUUAGUAGCACUACUCCAUUGUGAGUGGUUUAUGAGAUUUAGCUGUAUUUUACAUGAUUCCACAGACCAAUAGUUCUGAUAGUCUAAAUAUACAGUUUAUUAAUAUACUUUAAAGAUUUAGCUACUUACACAAAAAAUACUGAAAUCUUUGCCUAUUUUGAUGAAAAAGUAUUAAGACUAUAGCAUAUCCUGACCAUAAGACCUUGGUUGAAUCCAGUGGGGGGGGUGCAGCCUAAGUUUCCCUACUGAUCUCUGGCUCCCAAAGGAAGAUGUGCAAGAUAAUCAGCAAGCCAGAUGUUUAGGGAAGGCCUGUUUCUUUGGCUGGACAAGCAAGAACAUUCAUUUCCUAAUCCUGAUCCCUUCUACCUUACUCAUGCCUUGCCUCACCUGAAACACGGGGGAGCUACUGACUUAUGAGAAGUAAGAUCUGAUAAAAAAGGCAUUUAAUUUUUCAUUUGAAUGGCACUGCCCUUGGAGUAUCUUUUCAUCAGUUUUUGACCCUAUACACCAUAUGAUUUAGUGCUAAGGGAUUAAUCUUCAUCUGUCUCUAGUAAACACGGGGGUAUACCAGUCUACUUUGAGCUACAGAACUGUUGGAGUACUAAUUUUUAGAUCGCUAUAUCGUAAUAUUUGCAGCAAAAGUAUACUGCUUCUGAAGAAAUGAACAAAACUUUGAGAAACGACUUAAUCUAGCUCCCCAGUUCAAAUAAACUCCUGCAGUGUGGGCCUUGGCUAUUACAUGCUAUGGUGACUGUUGUUGCUAGUUGGUAGCUUUUCCUACAACACAUCCUCUGUUGUUAAGAGCCUGCAAGGUUAAAUCUUUUCAUGGUGUUUUCUAACAAAAUGGAUGACUAAGGAGUUCAUGAAACCUAGCCUUUCUCCCUAUAAUACAACAUAAUAAUAGAAACUGUACUUCAAAUUAAUGGAAAUUCAAAGUAAUGGCUGUUUUUAUGCUUUGGCAUCAAGUGGAGGCAAGGGUCUCCAAGGGUUGGCUAUCCCUAUAUGGUGGGCUAUUUUGUUUGCUCAGUGUGUAGAUGGGCUAUUUUAUUUUCAGACACACCCAGAAGACGAAGAAAGUCGUCUACUAUUUAUGUAAAAAUAGCCGCCUCGCAUAACACUGCAGUCACCUCUGUCUGGGAGCCCUCACCCACACUGACUCUCCUGAACAAGUAUUUGGAUGAGGGGAGAGUUUAGUUGUAACACUAACAGGAAUGACAUUCAAAGUCUUGUUUGUGAAACUUGGGGGAAGUUGGGAUAGGCUACUAAGGGUCUAAUAAAUGCUGACUGAACUGUGUGACGUCAGACCAUCUAUACAAAAAAGACAGGAAUGAGAUUGUUAGACCCAGUCAUUUUCUUAAUCACAUCCUAUACAAAAGAGAAGAAAGGGGUUACCCCAGUGUUGGUUUUCUUCUCCCCAAGUCACAGAAAACCACCUUUGUAUGUUUAAGACACAGUUGUAUGCUAGACAUCAUGACACCUUGUUAACAUUAAGGCUGGAGAUUCGUUUAUGCACUCUUGAAAUCUUCAGUUUGUUUUCUUGAAACCUACAUGGUGAAAACCAAAUGAAGAAAAAAGUUUUGUCUUAAGCUUAUUUUCAAAUGUUUGGUAAUGCAGUGCUACCACCUUGUUGAAUGACUGUAUCACUAUCACAAAUAAAGCUGUAUUUGUGGAAAUAUAAACAUCUUUAA